UCCUUCUUCAGGUACCCAACGCCCUUUAAAGAGAGAUGAGGAACGGCCAAGUGGUAUGGCGGGGGGCGACUUUGCUCCUGGUGGCGGCGCUGACGGUGGCAGAUGGCAGCAGGACGAGGCGCCAGAUCUACUACCCGAGCGUCGACUACGACCUCGAGCCGUCCCGCCCCGCCAGGAAGACAGGUCAGCUGCCCAUCGCCCCGCACUACCCGCUGGAGGAGGCGUCUUACGAGGCCCCGGCGCCGUCGUACAGGCCUGAACCAGCCUACAAGCCUGAGCCAGCCUACAAGCCUGAGCCAGCCUACAAGCCUCCUACCCCAUCCUACAGGCCUGAACCAGCCUACAAGCCUGAACCAGCAUAUAAGCCUGAGCCAGCCUACAAGCCUCCUACCCCAUCCUACAGGCCUGAACCAGCCUACAAGCCCCCAGUGCCUGCUUACAAGCCCGAACCGUCUUAUAAGCCUCCUACCCCAUCCUAUAGGCCUGAACCAGCCUACAAGCCUGAACCAGCCUACAAGCCUCCUACCCCAUCCUACAGGCCUGAGCCAUCCUACAAGCCCCCAGCGCCUGCUUACAAGCCUCCUACACCAGCCUACAGGCCCCCAGCCCCCGGUUACAAGCCCCCUACACCAGCUUACCAGGAACCUGCCUACAAGCCGAAGCCAUCGUACGAGGAACCCCACGGGGACGGACCGUACAAGCACAAGAACACUAUCCCUGGGGAAGCUGGCGUGGAUUACCCUGUUUAUAAUGAGAUCCCCUACACAAAAUUCGCCUGUGCUGACGUUCCUUACCGCCCAGGCAUGUACGCGAACCCAGAAGCAGGAUGUCAGGUGUACCACGUGUGUAACGACGACAGGUACGGCCCACAGGGAGCUCAGUUCCUCUGCACUAACGGCACGAUCUUCAACCAGGAGACCUUCAGCUGUGACUGGUGGUACAACGUGGACUGCGACAAAGCUACUUAUUUCUACGAGCUGAACACCGACCCCGAGCACAACCCUUACUACCAAAAGCCCUACGAGGGACCCCUUCACAUUCCCUCCUACGAACCGGCCGCCCACAAGCCCGAGCCCCACCACCCACCCAAGCCCUCUUACGUCGCCCCUGCCAAGCCAUCCUACCAAGCCCCUGCACCCAAGCCCACCUACCACGCCCCUGCACCCAAGCCCACCUACCACGCCCCUGCACCCAAGCCCACCUACCACGCCCCUGCACCCAAGCCCAGCUACCACGCCCCCUCCCCAAGGCCCUCGUACCACGCCCCCAAGCCUAGACCUACUUAUCACGCCCCUUCUCCUAAACCCACCUACCACGCGCCCUCACCUAGACCCACCUACCACGCGCCCUCACCUAAACCCACCUACCAUGCCCCUGCCCCCACCUACAACAAACCCUCACCCCCACGCCCCUCAUACCACCGCCCAGCGCCCUCAUACGGUCGAGAGGACCCUGAUCCUUAUGAUGCCGCAACUGAUUUCGAAUGGGGUUCCAGAACAUAGAUUAAUAAAUAUAGAAAUAUGAUAAAGGAAUAAUGAGAACUUACACUAAAAAAAGAAAAUGGAAAGAGGAGAGUGAAUAAGAUGCGAAUGUGAAUGUAAAGUUUCUGAAUAAUUUUGAUAGCCUGGUAUUUUUUAAGUGUAUCAACUGGUAUUGAACUGGUCAGUUGAUAAAGAUUUUAUUUAUUUAUGAUAUAUAGUUCUAUACUUUUAAAUAUAUAUAUCUUAUGACUAAA